UGAAUCGUGGGUUACAAGAAACGAAUUGCCAAGACAAGAGGUGAGCUUUACUGAAGAGUUUGAGCGAUGGCGACUGAGGAUGAGAUCAAGGACGAGAAGAACCCCCCACCUCUCGAUGAAGACGAUAUAGCUCUCCUCAAAACCUAUGGUUUGGGACCCUAUUCUAACAGCAUAAAGAAAGCAGAGAAGGAAAUUAAGGAAAUGGCUAAAAAGAUCAAUGAUUUAUGCGGUAUCAAGGAGUCUGACACUGGAUUAGCUGCACCCAGCCAAUGGGAUCUUGUUUCUGAUAAGCAAAUGAUGCAAGAGGAACAACCUCUUCAGGUGGCAAGAUGCACCAAGAUAAUCAAUCCAAACACUGAAGAUGCAAAAUAUGUUAUAAAUGUUAAGCAAAUUGCUAAGUUUGUUGUUGGGUUGGGCGAUAAAGUUUCCCCAACGGAUAUUGAAGAAGGCAUGCGUGUUGGUGUUGAUCGGAAUAAGUAUCAAAUUCAGAUCCCAUUGCCUCCUAAAAUUGAUCCUAGUGUGACCAUGAUGACUGUAGAGGAAAAACCAGAUGUGACUUACAAUGAUGUUGGUGGGUGCAAGGAACAGAUUGAAAAGAUGCGAGAGGUUGUUGAAUUACCCAUGCUUCACCCCGAGAAAUUCGUGAAGCUUGGAAUUGAUCCUCCUAAGGGUGUUCUCUGCUAUGGUCCUCCUGGGACUGGCAAAACACUUUUAGCCAGAGCUGUGGCUAAUAGAACUGAUGCUUGUUUCAUUCGUGUUAUUGGAAGUGAGCUUGUGCAGAAAUAUGUUGGUGAGGGGGCUCGGAUGGUUCGUGAACUGUUUCAGAUGGCACGCUCAAAAAAGGCUUGUAUUGUGUUUUUUGAUGAAGUAGAUGCCAUUGGGGGUGCACGGUUUGAUGAUGGUGUUGGUGGAGACAAUGAGGUUCAGCGCACAAUGCUUGAAAUAGUGAAUCAGCUUGAUGGAUUUGAUGCUCGUGGGAAUAUUAAAGUUCUGAUGGCAACAAAUAGGCCUGACACACUAGAUCCAGCUCUGUUGCGUCCUGGAAGGUUGGAUCGCAAAGUUGAAUUCGGCUUACCAGAUCUUGAGAGCAGGACACAAAUAUUUAAGAUCCAUACACGAACGAUGAACUGUGAAAGGGACAUCCGGUUUGAACUUCUGGCUCGCCUCUGCCCAAAUUCUACUGGAGCUGACAUUAGGAGCGUGUGCACAGAGGCUGGAAUGUAUGCCAUUCGAGCACGAAGGAAGACUGUAACAGAGAAAGACUUCCUUGAUGCAGUGAACAAAGUCAUCAAGGGUUACCAGAAGUUCAGUGCAACUCCCAAGUACAUGGUCUACAAUUGAUUGAGGUGCCAUGCUUACCUUCUGAAGAAAAUUGUGGUAUCCGGUACAACUGGGGAAUAUUCAUCAUGUUGUUUCCGUUCGUUUUUAAGAUGAAGAUCCUGUAUCGAGUUGUUUUAGCUGGUGCUAUUGUUACACUUAACAAAACUUUCCAAGACCAGCUAGGGUUGGUGCAAACUCCUGUUGUGCUUGUGAUAAUUUUGAUUGAUCCCGUCACCAAAUGGAUUACUUUUAUUUUUAACCGACUUCUCUUUCAUAAAUUUUAAUGACCCCAAAAAGUACUUAGAAGGUACGAUUUCCCAAUUUAUUUGAGCAAUGACAUGGAAGUUUGAG